AUGGCGGGCGCGGCGUCGAGAGGACACGCGACGGCGGCGGUGGACGAGAACGACGCCGCGGGCGCGUCCGCGGCCGCGGGCGCGGCGCCGGCGAAGAAGAAGCGGUCGCGGUCGGGGAAGCCGCAGGUGCCGAAGAUCGACCCGCUGACGCCGCCGCCGCCGGCGUCGGAGUUCCCGCCGUACGCGCCGCGCGACUUCUUCCGGUACGAGCUGAUCCAUCAGUCGAAGAAAUCGAACGCGCGCGUGGGGCGGAUUCACACCCCGCACGGGGUCAUCGACACCCCGGGGUUCGUCGCAGUCGGCACCAUGGGCGCCCUGAAAGCGGUCCCGCACCAGGAGCUCCAAGCCGCCAACUUGCAGCUCAUGUUCAGCAACACGUACCACCUCAUGCUGCAGCCCGGCGCGGACCUCGUCGUAAACGCCGGAGGCCUCCACGCGUUCAUCGGCCGCGACGCGCCGAUCAUCACGGACAGCGGCGGGUUCCAGGUCUUCUCCUUGGGAAACACGUCGCAAGGGGAAGGACCGGAGAUGAAAUCACGGCGGCCGAGCAAGCACAAGAGCGAGGAAGGGCUGCUCCUGAGAGUAAACGAAGAGGGCGUCGUGUUCAAGUCGUACAGGGACGGGAAAAAAGUCGAGCUCACGCCGGAGAGCGCGGUGCUCGCGCAGAAGAAGCUCGGCGCGGACAUCAUCAUCCCGCUGGACGAACUCCCGCCGUAUCACAUCGACGACGAGACGCUGCGGCGGAGCGUGUAUCUGAGUCACCGGUGGGAGGCGAGGAGCCUGAGGACGCACCUGGAGGACGUGCGGCGGCAGGCGAUGUACGCCGUCGUCCACGGCGGCGUCGACGCGGCGUUGCGGAAACUCAGCGCGGAGUACUUAUCCUCGCUCCCGUUCGACGGGUUCGCGAUCGGCGGGAGCCUCGGCAAAGACCCUACCGAGUUCGGCGAGCUCAUGGCGUACGUGAUGCCGUUGCUCCCGAGGGAUCGACCGACGCAUGUGCUCGGCAUCGGCGACGAGACGUCCAUACGCGCCGGGGUGCCGCACGGCGCCGACACGUUUGACAGCACGUUUCCGACGCGCGCGGCGCGGCACGGGACGCUGCUCACGCGCACGCACGGGCGGGUGAACAUUCGGAGACGGGAGAACGCGGAGAUGUUCGAGCCGCCGUGCGCGCUGUGCCCGUGUCGGCUGUGCACGUCGCACACGAGGGCGUACCUGCACCACUUAGAUAAGGCGAACGAGCCGAUGGCGCAGGAGCUGGCGACGUCGCACAACUUGCACUACAUGGGGUGGCUCAUGGGGGACAUCCGGGAGAAGAUAUUGAACGACGAGAUCUGA